AUGGAUCCUAACCACCGAAAUGCUCAGCCGAUGGGAGCUGGCAUGUCCCAUAUGUUCCCUGUGGCCCAGGGAGCAGGGUAUGAGCUGCCGUAUGGGCAGGUACAGGGAUUCCAGCAGACACAGAACAAACCCUUCAACAUACCUGGCAUGAUGGGAAAUAACGCCUUCAUUCCAAAUUAUCCCAUGAUGCAUCAAGGCCAGGGAUCUGUCCUUGCCAAUGUACAGGGUGGGAUGCCAACAGCUGGGUCGGGAAGCACUGGAACUCUACCAUCCAUGGGCACGUUUGUUGGUAAUUUUAAUCAGGCUACUAUCACCAUGGGGCAUUGUGUGCUUCCCAACACAGGUUAUAAAGGGCUGGACAGUUGGCCUAGUCCCUCCCAGCAGUCUGCAGGGACAGUCAAUGCUCUGCCAAGUUUUGGACACUUUCUCAUGCAUCAGCCAUACCAGCAAUCAUCUACACAGCAACAACAACAACACCAGCAACAUCAACUUCAGCAACAUCAACUCCAACAGCAGAUCUUUCAAACUAAUCAAAACCAAAAUCGAUUCCCAAGCGCCUUAAUACAACAUGGAAACCUUGGUCAGUUUGUAUCCAACUCUUCAAGUGUUUCUGGAAUGAUCGCAAACCUUGGAAAUCAACCACAAAGUUUCAGCAGUGUGAAUAUGAAAAUCAACAUGAGUGCUAACCUAGUUGGUAACUUCAGUCAAUUUUCAAAUACAAAUGUGAUGGGAUGUCAGAAUCUGCCUGGACCAUCCAACCCCUGUGGUACUACUGUGUUGACCUCGUCGGAAGUCGCCAGCAGUAGUGCCAUUCCCUGUCCACUGCCACAGUUGACUCUAUCGUCACCACCUAUCAUGUCCUCCCAUGUUGCUGCCAGUUGUAACCAGGUAACCAGUACCACUUCCUCAGUCAUUACCAUCACCAGUACUACGUGUACUACUCCAGUGAUGGCACACAUGCACAACACAUCAAUCACACCAGCUGUUGUUCCUUCAACACACAUCACUAUGGCAACAUCACAUAGCAACAUAUCAAAUGUGGUAGACAGGAAGUUGGUGAGUACUGCGACUACGAAAAAGGAACCAUAUCUACAAGGUUGUGAUUAUAAGGAGGAUGCCAAAUCUACACUCCAGUGUUCUAGUAAGGGAGGGUCAGACACUCCAAGUCAGUCAAGCACUCCCUCAUCCAACCCUGUGAUUGUCCCCUUUGGUUGGAGAAGGGUAGUGGAAGAAGGUGCUAUUGUCUACUACAGCCCAAGUAAUACCAAACUGUCUUCAACCCAAGAAAUUGGUCAGUAUUUGUCUAGGGAAGGUACUUGCAAGUGUGGGCUGGAAUGUCCAGUGCUGGUGGAAAAAGUGUUCAGUUUUGACAUUACUAUUCAAUCAAGGCAGUGGACGUUAGAUGUUCAUUGUGCAGAAGAUCUGACCAAACUCUGCAACCAUAAACGAAAAAUAAUUGCAAUGGCAACAUUUCAUAACAGUAGAACGUUUCAGACUUCUUUACCUGUGACAUCACCUGUUUCAAUGCAGUGUGUAUCCAGUGUGGCUGUCAGUUCCAGCCUUUGUACAUCAACCACCACCAGUAUUACGACCCCGGUCCCAAGUAACACCAAAAAAGAAAGCAAGGGGAAGAAGAAAAAGGGCAGAAGCGGCAGCCAAAAUCCAUAUGACCGCCUCCUAGUCUCCGAGCUUUUGGCACAGAGAGAAAAGCUGAAGAAUUCUGCCCUUCAAGCUGCCAACCGUGAGAAAAUCACCAGUCCCAACUCAUCAGAAUCUCAGACAGCGGGACUGACUGGCCAAGGAGGAGUUAGCGGAACCAGACAGACUUCAAUCGAUCCCUUCACUGAGCAGAAUUUGUCAAAUUGCAAACAGGACAGUAAAUCACCAGGUGCUCAGAGUGACAGAUCAUGUGUUAAAUCAGGAUCAGCAGGUAGUGAUCCCAGUGAUGACUUGGGGCCAAUCAGUUCUAGUAAGAUGGUGAAGCUGGACUUCAGCCAUGGCCCUGGUAAUCAAGAGGACAGUGGUAUCCUGCCUGGGUCAAGCAGUGACAGUACUGCCGAACAACCAGCCCACUUUCUACAUCAUCAGAACCAGCUCACAGUGCAGACAGUCUUCUCUCAAGAACAUCUCAAAGAACAAGUAUUCAUUCAGCAAUCUCCCACUAACCCAUUGAGGAACUCGCCAGGUUAUGGGUUCAUUCCUCCAAACCAUACCCUUCCAUGUGGAAACUUUGGCUCUAACAUCCAAUGUGGAACUUCCCCAGUAAAUGUCCCACAGAAUAUGGGUGUUGUUGUUCAAGGUGUUCACCAAGCUAAUUUUCCAGUAUACCAGCUUCAGAACACGUCCACUAGAUUCAUGAACCAACCAUUGGAUCAGAACCAUAUCAUGGCCAGCGCACCAUAUCACAUGAAUACUAUGCAUGGAAUGGGGUUCGGAGGACGGCCACCGUACAGUGUGAGUCAACAACAGUCAAUGUAUCAUCCACCCAACCCUGUGUUUCAAUCUGUCGACCCUCUAUGGACUGAGAAAAAGAAAAGCAAACCCAAGAAAUCAAAGCCAAAAAAGGAGAAACAAAAGAUGAACAGUGUAUUUGAAAGUGACACUCCUCCCCCAAAUGUUGAUGUCAGUCAGCUGCAUGAUCAAGGGAGAGGUCCCAUUCCAAAAGUCAAAUCUUCCUCGUCUUUUCUAGAAAAUCCCACAGCAUUUUUGGCAGAACAGACAGCACUUAUAAGUAAUUCUAUGACCUCUACUCUUUCUAGUCCAACUUGCUCUUCGGGCAAUACGUCCGAGAGCGCUUCAACUUCUGUCAGUAAGGAUGGAAAAAAUGACACUGUUGACGGCGAUGUUGUUGUCAAGGCCAAAAGUAUGUCUCAGACAUCAAGUAGUUCUGUGAUGAACACCACCAGCAUUUCACUUUCAAAACCUAUAUUUACCUCGACACAAGCAUUAGCACCAAUGUGUGGGGGCACAGCAUCUAAGGAGUCCUCAUCAUUUAUCAAAUCUUCACAGCAUCCAUUGGAAAAUGCUGGCAUAUUCCUGAAAUUACCCUGCACAGGAUCUGAAUCUCAUAUACCACUCCCUGACACUAAUCAGGACAUGUUUACCAAGGACCGAUGUGAGUCUCUGUCACCAGAUUCUGGUAGUGAAAGCUUGGUGUUUACAGAGACAAUCACACCUAGUUCUGUGGUUCACCACACACCAUCAAACACCGAGGAUGACACGGAGAGCAAGAAUGACUCGCAAUCUAAAGAUAAAACUUUCCUCAUAGACAAAAAUGUGGCAACAUCACAAGGGUUUUCUGGACACAGUGUAUCUGCACCAUGUAAAACUGGGAGUGAGGACCACAACAGGGAAAAAUCAUCGCCUCUGGAUACCACCCUAACCAGUGGUCCUAGAUUUAACAGGAAUGUUGGAAGCACAAACCUGAUACAGCAGAUGUUAGGACAUCACAGCUCCACCGAAUUCCCAGCAAGUAAUCUGCUAUCAGCUGCAGCAAGGGCACAAAUGGUACAACAGCAACACAAUCAUAUGAACAUUAUGAUUAACCAGCAACAACCUCUGCCCAAUAUCCAGAUUAGUCAAUCAUUCCCAAUGACCAUUAACCCAGCAUCCACUCUGCCUGUAGGAGUGGAUGGAAAGUUGGUCCCGACUUCCACUUUGGUAGGAGCUGGAACUGACUGUGGUCCGAUGGUGGUCAACCAAAGCUUAUCUGGUAGUCUUGGUAUUGUUAGCAAUCCUUCACACUCAAGUAGCAUUGUAUCUGCUUUACAGAGUCAAUCGUCAACGGAUUGUACCUCGUCCUUAAACACUUCCCUUGGGAAAAGUUACCCAGGCGAACAGGAUUCUGAUGCAUCCGGCCCAGGCACAGACACGAUCUCCAAAAUUCUUGCCCAGCCUGUCAAUGGUAUAAAUACAACAGCAUUACUUAAACAAGGUCAUUUUGAUGGCAAUCUGAUGAAACACUUGGGCAGUUUACCUGUGCAGUCCGUGAUGGGUCCCGCUGGCAUCGGUGCCCUGGAACAUGUUCAGACUAACAGUGUCAAUACACCCAUGCCACCAAUAUCCCUGCCACUGGUUACUGCAGUGACUAACUCAUUGACACAAGUGAUACCAGCAAUAGGAACCAAUGGCUCUCAGAAUCUCCUUAGUCAGCAAGCAGUGAUGAAUCUUUUUAACAACCUGGGGCUCAAUACGAUGCAGAACAAUGCAACAGCUAGUGGUCAAGGAACCCAGAUGGUGUUGACUGGUCAAGUCCUGCCUCAGGACAACGUGCCUUGUCUAUCACUGGUCAAUAACACAGUUGGGCCUAAUACCUAUCUCAAUGGCAUGAACCAGUCUAACUAUCCACGCUUCAUUGGUUGUAAUAAUAUUGCACAAAACAUUGACUUGGGUAACAUGGUCUCAAGUCAGCGUAACCUGAUGGACCCUAAUGUUCUCAACAAAGCUGGCCCAGCAAUGACACAGUUGAUACCCACAGAACACCAGGGAGGCACCAUGCAGAUGAAAUCAACCAUGACAACACAACCCGAGGACUUACAAGAUCAGGUUAACAAGAUGCAGUUGCCAUGUGAACAGGUGUUGCCCUCUGUGACUACCUCUGCAGGACAAAUGGUGCUGCUCCAAAACAUGCAAAUGCCUCUGCUGCAAGUGCUUAACGCUAACCAAAUGUCAGCAGCCUCUAAUCCGACCUUGCUUGACAAGACGGCUGGAUGUAGCAUUCAACAGCAGCCUUAUCCCAUACAGAGCCAGGCAGAUAUCCAGGCACUGAUCGGUCAGCUUCAGGCAGGUCUUACCCAAGUUGGCACGCCUCUCAACAUGAUGAAUGUCCAACAGGUGUGGAACAACUUGACGACAGGAAGUAACCUGACUGCGAUGCAGCUGCAGACACUUCAGCUUCAACAACAGCUACUGCAACAGAUUCAGCAGCUACAAGGAAUGCAAACACUUAUAAGUCAGUUCAACAUGCAGAGUAACCCUGGUAACCCCAUAAGUAGUGUGACUAACAAAACGACCACCACCACGGUCAGCAAUGGCCUCGCUGCUGUCGCCAUAACCACAGGAAACAGUGCAGAAACUUGCCUAACAGUAGAUGGCAAAACCUUUCUCACACACCCUGUUACAGGCAACAAUAUUGUUAUGCCUGUGAGAACUGCAGUUGAUAUGAGUAUACCUGAUCUUAAAAUAGACACUCCAGCAUCUACAGUUGUAAGCCAUUCGGAAAGCAAACCAGAUUCUUUUGAUUCUACAUUUGAAAGACAUUGUAGAAAAAACAGUGAAAGCGAAGAUAGCAGGACUAAUGUGAGUUCUUCUGUGGAAGGUGGUAAUUCAUCUCAUUUAGAGACAUCACAGCAUGCAUCUGAACUGCCAAGUGCAACAUCUAGUACAGCUUCAAUUGGUGGUACAUUCUACAAGUCCACUUCAUUACCAACCAGUUUGGAACCUUGUGGUGACACCCUGUCUUGUUCCAGCAACCAGAAAUCUAUCACAGAGGAUGCUAUAAACAGUACACAAUGUUCACUAGUGACCACAUCCUGUAUCUCAGAACAAGAUGUAUCUCCUCAAAGUAGCAAUAAUUCACUUUCUGUUGACUCUAGUAAGCAAGAAAAUGAAAAUGAUGAGGAUGAGAACUUGAAAAAAAAUAAUGGAACAGUAUCACAAUAUAAGCAGUCAAGGACCUCUGAUACUGAGAGACAGUUGAGUAUUGACCAAAGCAGUGAUCGAGUCACAGACCACAGAAACUCUAGCUCUGUGAUGUCGUGCUCUGAAUCAGAAAUACAAGAUACUCAAAAUCGAGCCACAUCUUCCUGUCAUACAAAUUCUGAAUGUGACAAUUUAAACCCAAAAUCUAAUACUGAUGAUAGCAAGGAAAAUUGUGCAAACACACCAACUCAUGUUCUAGAUGGUGGUAUCGUGUCAUCUGGAAGAAACCUAACAGAUUCCUCAAAUUUUGAAAUCAGUGAUGGCAGCCAGCAGAGUCACCCGCGUCCUCAACUAGCUGUAAGUACUGUGUCCUCAACUGUAGGCGCCAUCAACAAGACCCAUAAGAUCCGUCAGAAAUCUAGUCCAGAGCACGACCCUAGUAUUGCCGAGAAACCCAAGGAGGCAAAUCUUCCAUCAGACGUAGUGACAGCUGUCAAGUCUGACCUAGGACACAGGGUCGAGGUCAACUUCUUCCAAGCCAAUCACUUGAUGAACACUGUUGAAUUGUCCAGUGAGCGUGCCCAAAAAGCUGCAGAUGCUCUCACGCUUGUCAACAGGGUGAGCAAGCGCUCUCGUGAGAUAGACACUGACUCGUUUGAUGACGAAGACAGUUCCUCGUCAGAAAUAUCACUGUCAUCAUACCCUCACAACUUUGCGGCCGGUGAUCUGGUGUGGGGACAGAUUAGGGGCUUUCCCUCCUGGCCAGGCAAGGUUGUGGAUGAGAAAGAAGUGAAGGAGGGGCAUACACCUGAUGCUGGCAAGUGCUGGGUACAAUGGUUUGGUGAUCACACAUUCACAGAGGUAGAACCUGAUAAGCUCAAGAGUCUGUCCGAGGGUUUGGAGGCUCACCAUCGUGCCAGGAAAAAGUACAGAAAGGGAAGGAAGAUGAACUCAAACCUUGAGGCGGCCAUACAUGAGGCCAUGACUGAACUUGACAGACAAGCACAGGAAACGGAGAGUAAAAUCCAAGCUAAAACUGCCAUUCGGGGCAAAACCAACAAAAAACGGAAGGCUAGGUGACCUGUUGUGUUUUUAGGAUGGUGAAAAUUUGCAUUAUUUAAUGAUAGAAUAUUGUUGCUUCUGUUGAUAUGAUGUUCUGGUAAACGUACUGGUAAAAAGAACUGACAUACAACAAAGCAUCAGACAUUUUUGUUAUGAUGUUCCAUAGAUGUAAUUAGUUUACAUGGUAAGAUGGAAUAUGGCAGAAUGAUAUUGAAAGUGUUUUAUUAUAGAAUUGAAUUAAUAGACAUCAUGCCUAGUUAUUUCUCAUGUUUUGUGAUAAGUUUAAGUUUAAAUGAAAGCUAUGGAUCAACAGAUUUUGGUUUAAAGGGGCAUUCCAUCGUUCAACAGCAAAAAUAUGCUACACUAUAUACUUUAAAAUUAUAUACCUAAAUGAUGAUCGUUAAAAUACAUGUGCCUGACAGUGAUGAAAUAAGUAUGGCAUUGAACAGAAAAAACAUACACACAUAAUGUUUAAACUCUGUCUGAACACUAAUUGGUACUAAAAUAUUUCAUCACUGGUUCAUUAGCUUUGUCUAGAUAUCACAUGAUCUCACAGACAUAGCACAGCCUGAUGAUUCCCCACCCUACAACCAUGUGUACCAUGUAAACAGAAAUUGAAAUAAGGUCUCCAAAUUAGUUUAAAUGAUUUCAUUACUUACCGCUGUCUAACUGAAGUGGAGCCAAUUUUUGUUAUUUGUUGAAAGUGCCGCAGCUCUGUUUGCCGUCUUCUACCUUUCAACGGCUUUUUUAAUGAUAAAUGAUUUUUCUCUCCCUCACUUGUUUAAUUUUUCUUUGUUUCUUAACUGAUUUUGAUUUUAGUGAACUUGUAAAUAAUCUGUUCUAGCAAAUUAGUGAAUUGCAAACGUCAGCCAUUGGUUUUGUGUUGAAUUACUACAACAACUCAACUGGGCAUUGCUCGUCUUUAAAUUCACAGGUGGUAUUAAUCCUCAUGCUUCUGGUCGAAAGAAACACUUCAAAGAAUUUGUGUCUUUGGACUUCUACAUGAUUUUCAUUUAAUUUCGUUUUUUGCUCACCUGGCCCUUCUCUGUGGCAUGGGGUCCAUCUUCUGAUGUGAAUUUUUUACUUCUUCUCAAUAACCAAUGGACAAAUGUUUUCAUAUUUGGUUGGUGUGUUUCUAUAAUGAAGCCCAACAAAGUGUGCAAAAAGAAACAAAAUCGAUGUAUAUUUAGAUCAUAGGGGUCAGAUUUGUUAAAACCUUUAAAUGACUUUGUCUCAUGAAAUAGAAGGCCUAGAGACAUGAUAUUUGACUGGUGUAUUCCAAUGAGGAAGCUUGAAAAAGUGUGCAAAAAUAAAUUACCUCCACUGAUAUUGAAGGUCAUAGGGCUCAAAUUUGUUGAAACAUUUAAAUGACUUUUUCAUGAAGCAAAAGGUCUAGAGACAUGACAUUUGGCAGUUAUGUUCCUAGGAUGAAGCCCGGCAAAAUGUGCAAAAAGAAAUUAUUUUGACUUGUUAAAAACUUCUACUGCUACUACGUUUGUAUACUACAUAACGCCUAGCCUUCUUCAUCAUUAGAUUACCAUUAAGGUCCAUUUACCGUGUGUUUUUUCAUUUACAUAAUUAAUUUUAUACCCACUUUUUAAGUUUGUUUAAUGAAUUUUUAAAAAUUUAAUAUAUACACCAGGUGAGUGGUGCAGGCCCAAUGGGCCUCUUGUUAUAACUUAAAAUUAUUUCAACGACGGAACUUAAAAUUAUUUCAACGACGUAAUGCCCCUUUAAGUAGGUAGGGAAAUGCAGGUAUGAACGAAAUACCAUGAUAUGAACAGAUUAACUGUAAAACAUUUUUUGAUUGUUGAUUUUAUGAAGAAAAAAAAAGAAAAAAAAACAUAAACCUGGUAUUGGUGUUCGGCAUAAGAUUAGAUGCAAUAUUUUCACAUAGUUUUGUGAAGGCAUGUUGUGAAACAUAUUCUGUUCAUCAGGUGUCAAACAAGUUAAUGGAAGGAAAUUAAUUUAAAAGGCCCAUAAUUCCAUGCCAGAUAAUGAUAAUCUUGACAUUUUAGCUUUGUUUUAGAUAUUUACUGUAAUUUCAUCCUCGAUACUACAGAGGUUACACUCCCUGCACCCCUGAAAUAUUUCAUAGCAAAAUUGAAGACACAAGCAAAGUCGUUUAGUUGAUCUAUGUUGGGUUUCAGGAGAAAAACCAUAGAUUGGGUUUCAGGAGAAAAACCAGACCGAUCAAAGACUGAUUACACUCUGUUGUAGAUUGCUAACAAAGAUACUGCUGGGUGAAGUCGAGAUUGGUUUGAUGUACAUCAAAGGAUCAAACUAGUCUUCUUGUCUUAUCCACAAGUUGUCGCACAUGGAACCUUCAAUUUUGCCUUGAAAUUUUUCAGGAAGACAGAUCAACUUGAGUUCGUCUACAAAAUUGACAAGAUUCCUUAAAACUCGCCUUAUGUUGUAGUGAAUCAAAAGUGAUAAUGGAUCUAAGAUUAUAAUACAAUUUUGUGCAUUCCAAAAACAGGAAAUUGAUUUGUUACUGGAUACAUUUUUAUCAUAUUCUGCAUUUGGAGAAAAAAAUGGUCUACAUGUGUUUUGGCAAUUUUUCAUAGAUUCUUGAAUUAAAUUCCUGUAGUUAUACCUUAUUGUAUACAUGUCCUUCUGGGAAAAUUGUUGACGCUAAAUAAAUACAACUUUGUUUGACACUAGUACUGCUAACAACAAUUGUUCAGUCAUUAUGUUUGCCAUGCAUUUGUCAUUGUUUUUCAGUACCAAUAUUUUUACUUUACAAAUAUAUUGGUGAGUUUCCUCAAAUUUACCAUACCUAUUCUUGAUAUUCCUUUAACUUUUGUUAUCCUCAUUUCUUUUUAAUGACAAAUGAAAUAAGAGACGUCAUACAAAAGUUUGAAAUUAUACAUGAAUAUUUCAAUCCUGUAUGAAACAAGCAUUGUUAUUGAACAGUUUUUAAGUUAUCAUCCCCUAACAUUAAAAGUUUAUAGUAUUUUGUUACAAAAACUGUCAAAAAUUGAGUCUAGAAAACAGAGUAAAAUGUUUCAGUUUUGUACAAGUCCAUUACCUGUAUUACGUCUCUGAUGAUAAACUCAGUAUGUGGUGCUUGAACACAAACAUCACUGAAUAAGUACAACAUUUCAAGUUCAUACAUAGUCUUAUGGUAUUGAUGAAACCUGUUUGUUUUGAUAUGUGAAUUUGUGGCUUCAACCUUAAAAUCAUUGGCUUGCUCUGAACAUGGUAGGGAAUGCAAGAUUUACUUAAUAUUGUUAUUUUUAGACAAUUUGUUUACUGUUGAAUUAAGUAAAUAGGCUUUUGUGAUUUUGUUGUAUACAGAGGUGAGGGGAAUUAAGAAAUAAUAAUACAUUACAUAAAAUUUAACUUUUAUCAGAAAGAUGAUGUCCAGUAUUACAUUUGGCUUCAUUCAUCAGUAGUUAUGAAAGAAGAGGACUUACAUACUUCAUUAUUUAUGUCAGAUUUCCAGACAUCUACUUAUUUAUAGUUAUAAUGUCUGUAUUUGUUACACCUAGUGCUAAUCACGCCAUGAUUUUGUUUUACUUUGUGUAUAGUGUUUUAGAAACAACAACGCUUGAAUAGUCUGCUAGUGCUAUUAGGAGGAAUCUAUCGGAGUCACAGGUGCCCAUCUUUCUAUAGAAAAAUCUUUUGUUCUCAUAACUACUGUUUGGUUUCAUUCUAUGUCCCAUCAUCAAUUUAAAUUGUUUAAAGUGCAUUAGUAAGUGGGUGGUAAGUGUAUCGUAAUAAUUCAUUGAAGCAAAUGAAAUGAAUUAUUGGAUGGAUAUUAACACAAUUUCAAUUUUUUUUUCUGUAUCAAUUUUAGAAGUUUCAAAAUGGCCUGCCACAAAGAAUUCAUCUUGUGUUUUGAUAGACACAUGGAUGUAAGUCUUGCCUAGGCCACAUGAUGGCUCUAGUAUGAGGAUGAAGUUUAUUCAUAAGUGAAUAGGCUUUUUACUUGUGUUUUGCCAAAAUAAACAACUGCAAGACAUUUUUCAGGAACAGAAUUAACCUGGUAAAUUAAACAAUCUUCCUAUGAUCAGAUCAUGCUGAAUGUCUGAAAUUUCUUUACACUUAGUAAUUUUUUGAAAGUUCAGAAAGAGUUAUUUUAGGGAAGAUAAUUAAAAUUCUGUUAAUCGAAUAAAAAAGGUGAAAUAUUGGUCUCUUUUUAUAAAAAUGGUUUGACUUAUAGUUUGUUCAGUGUUAACAGUGUAUAAUUAUACUGUAUGGGUGAGAAGUUUUUUUUCUUUAAAGAUAAUCUGAGGUUUAACACAUACAAGAGGUCUUUAGUAAUAUUCUGAAGUAUCUUUGUUGUUUUUAAAAUAUUUACAGAAGUGCUCCUUUACAUUCAUGUUAUACUAUGGAAGCUACAGAAGGCUUGAUUUUAUGUAUAGUGAAAGUAUACUUUUAUCUCCCACAUGCACAACACCCGAGGGAAGACUUUUAGUGCUGUUAGAUAGUAAAUACAACAACGUUUUCAUUGAAGACAUGUGCCAUAAUACCUUCCUCUAUAUAUUAUAUAUAUUAUGUAUUGUGAUUUCCUCAAACUAGUGCAAUUUGCUAUUAUAAAGCUAUAGUAGAAAAUAGCCAAAAUAACUGUGAAGGAUCUGAAUAUUUUUAUUGUCAUGUUCAGUAAGAAAUUGUUGAACAUUUUUAAGGUGCAUGGUUGCAGAGAUUCAAUCGUGGAUUUAGUAAAAUUUUGUUGAUAUUGAUACAUAGACUUGUUGAUACAUGUAAAAGUUUCGUUUUUAAAUAUUUUCAUUCUAGAGCUUUAGAACAUAUUAAUGGACAGACAUUGGAUGUUUUGGGGGUUAUUUGUGUUUUUGUUCUAGAGCCUUAGAAUGUCAAUUGACAACAUUAGAAAUCUACUUUAAAACACUUUUGUUCUAGAGCUUUGGAAUAUGAAUAAGCAUUGUAUGUAUUCUUGUUUGAGUGUUCUUACUAUUGAAUGCUGUCCAUUCAUACACUUUACGGAGUUGUUACAUUUGUAUAUAGUGUACAUGAUUCAUCAUCUAAUGUAUGUGAUCUUGUGUGCUCACUGAUACUGCAGAAACUACACAAACUAUUAUAUAUGUAUAUAAAACUAUAGGAACGACCUGUAAACGUGUGUAUAUAGUUAAGGGAUGAAUGGAAUUGCCUUGGGCAGGCGAAAGCAUCUGUUACAAUGUCUUGUUAAUUUGUGAUGUUAAUUGGUACUUGUAAAGUACAGCGGAAGAUGAUUAAGACCUUGCAAUAUUUGCAGUGCUGCGUUUAAAUUAUUUUGUUAUUGUUAUGUGAAAGUUGUGAUACACAUUAUUUAGGUAUGCAGAGGACCAUAUCUCCUGAAUCCUCUCUAAGUACUGCCAAUAAAACUUACAUACCACUGAUUCAGCUGUGACACAGUGAUCUUCAAUAUGUUAGUUUUAUUUGUCUGUAGAAUUGUAUUUACCUUGCAUUUAAUUUUUUUGCUUGGCAUAUUUUGCCGUUACUUCUUUUUACAUGAAAGUUUAAAAUAUACUAAGCUUUUUUAAAAAAAUAAAACCACUAAAUAAAUGGCUCUUUGAGAAAAGAUAUGUUGAUGAAAAGCAUUUUUGUGUAAUUUUAUCAUUCUAUAUUUCUGUUGUUUAUGUCCAAUAUCAUUCAAUAUAUAUUGUUCUAAGGAAACCCUAUUUUAAGCAUUGGGAGUAUACUACACAAUGUGCACUGGAGUUGUGCAUAAUGUUAUAAAAUUAUCAAAAGCU